AUGGAAACAACACGAUUCGGUGCCGGUGCCGGGCUGGCAGUGGGUGGUGUUGCUGUCGCCACUGCCGCAACUCCCGCCUCGACCACCUCCCCGGUAUCGCUCCCCGAGACGAGCUCGGCCAGUGGCGUCUUGAAUGGAAGCAGCCAGCCAACGGGAGGCACUACCACUGCAUCGUCAGUAUCAGUAGGCAGCGCUGCAUCUCAGCAACCCAGCAUCACCACUAGCAACAGCAGCAAUAGUAACAAUGCCAACAGCAACAAUGGUGCGAACAAUCUGAAGCGAAACAGUAUGCGGCCUAUCGGGGGCCCCACCGGAGCCUCCGAUGCUGCGGCUGCGUCCACCGCCUCCUCCUCCGGUGGAGUAUCACCCUCCGGCGGAGUAGCGUCCGCAGCAUCAACCACCGCAGCGACCACGGCGACGGCGGUCAUCGACACGAUCGCCUCCACCGUCUCCUAUCACCGGCGGCCGUAUCCGGAUACGACGGUAGCUCAGGACCAGGACGCACGGUACAAUGGAGCCGGCGCCAUUGGGAUCGCCAGCGUUGGCAACAGCCUGCAGCACGCGAAGGCGGCGAUCAGCAAUGGCAUCGGUGGGGGCCCAACAGCACCCGGCCUGCACCAUCACCCCGGUGCAGUCCAACAGAAAGGUCAAUUGGUGAUGAACGGAAGUCAAACGCCAACACCGGCCGGUGCCGGCAACACCCCGAUUCUGACGCAGGCCGGCCUCGAGGAGUACAGCCGAUCGUACUACGAGCAGACGACGAUGUACCACCACCAGAAGCAAUCGUCCUACGCACAAUCGGAGGGCUACCACAGCUACGUCUCGAGCUCUGACUCAAGCUCGACGCCAUUCCUCGAUCGAUUGCGUCAGGAUAGUGAGCUGCUGCUGUCGUCACGAUCGUCGCACAACUGGUCGCAGCAGGACCUGCAACAGCUGGCGGUGUCCUCCGCGGGUAGCAGCAUCGGCGAUAGCCACAGCUCGGCCGAAAGCAACAGCUCGUCGACGGAAACCCUCAAGUGGCUCGGUUCGAUGAGCGACGUGUCGGUGGCCAGCCAUGCGACCGGUACGUCCGCCCUGUCCAGUGCCGGUUCAACCUCGCAGCUGAUUGCGCACAGUUCGCGCGUCCGGACGCCGCAGCGGCACAACUCCGAGAGCAUCCUGUACAUGUCGAACGAUGACCAAUCGACGCUUGGCGGUGUGUCUCAGUCGACGGGCUCGCUACUCAACACACUGACGCAUCGCCAACAACAGCAGCAAAGUCUUCACCACCACCACCAUCAACAGCAGAACCAUAAUCGGCCACCGCAGCAGCAGCAGCAGCAGCAUCGACACAGUCAUUUGCUUGCGAACGGUGCCAACGGCAACAAUCUUUCGCCGACUUCACCGACGGCCGCCACCGCUUCAGCUGCUGCGUCGUCGUCGUCGACGGCCACCGGUGGAACAACGGCACCCGGCUCGGGAUCGCCCACGGGAUCGACGACGUCCGGCGGUUCCGCAUCCGCGACCAGCCGCUCUAGUCGUAGCAAUAAUCGGCUGUUUCCGAUCAGCACGUACACGGAACCACCGGGCGCUGGCAGCAGUGGUGGUGGUGGUGGUGGCGGCGGCGGCGGAAGCACCAGCAACGGGUCGUCCGCCGGAGGCGCUGGCUCGAUGACCGAUUUCAAGCAACUAAACUCCCACAACUGGCAGUCGGUGGCGGAGCGGAUAAACGAGCUGGAGAAGCAUCAACAGCAGCACCAACAUCACGGAAUCAGUCUGCAUAGUAGCAGCACAUCGAGCCUGAACAGUAGCACUACCGGCCCCGGAAAGACGCAGCUCAGUCAGCUUAAUCUAGCGGCGGCCGCUGCGGCGGCAGCCAACUCCAGUUCCCUAUCGCCAUCCGGCAAGCAGCAGCGGUACACGUACUUCGAUCCGAGCAAAACGCACCGCGUUUCGAACCCUUCGCUGAAGGCGUUCCAGAAGAACGCCGUCAUAUCGUACUUCGAGCGCCAGCAACAGCACGCCCGGGAAAGCAUUCACCAGCGGCCGACCUCACUGAACCUAUCGACGGGCUCCGCAGGCUCGCCGGGUGGGACAAGCAGUAACUCCGGCGGGUCACCGUCCGCUUUAUCGUCGUCACCACCGUCAUCGGUGGCGACGGUGGUUUCUCCGAGCAGUGCCCAUUCGCAACGCUCGUCCAUAUCGAGCGCCUACUCGUCGGCCGCCGGAAGUAUGAUGGAGCUCUCGAACGGUGGUCCGCUGUCGAUGGGCAGCUACUCCCCACCGAGCAGUCUGGCCGUUCAGCAGCAGCUCGACAAGCUGGCGGUGAACAACCUUCGCAAUCAACUCGCCUCCGUGCACACGAUGAACUUGCUCAACAAGGUCGUAGUUCCUUCGCCGGCUUCCGCGCUGGGAGAGCAGCACCAUCUCCAGCAGCAGCAAAUGAUCAGCAACGCCACGCUGAUACUGUCCUCGGCCCAGACCAAUGGGUUACCCGGUAGCAGCCCAACGGAGACGCUCGCAAUGACGAGCGAAAGUCUUGAACUGAUCUCGUCCCUGGAUGGAGCACCACCGCCGCCGCCACCACCGCGAAACCGUGCCUCGAUGGUACCGAUGGGUGGUGGCAGUUUGGUACCGUACCCGUCGGCUCAUAUGGCCACCGUCAGAAGAACCUCAUCCGCCUCGGAAUACUCAUCGAUCCGUGAUAAGCUGAUCCAGCAGCGGCAGCAGCUGUCCAAGGAUCUGCUCGGCCCGAUGAUCAUGGGACCCAUCAUAGCCCUCGACGAUUGGGUCCCGGAGCGUCCGCCGAAGAACCCGAUGCUGCGAAUACCGAGCCCCGAGUUGCCACCGCCUCCUCCGCUGCUCCACCCGACCGAGGACGUGCUGAUCAUCAACCAGGACGAACCGUUGCCACCGCCGCCACCGGAAAUCCUGCGUCACAUGCGCCAGCUGAGCGACUCCGGUGACAGCCGGUCGAACUCCGCCAGUCGGCGUAACAGUUUCGCUGGUCAGACGAACAAAAAGAGCCUUUACCGGGCGUCCACGUUCGAGAAUCUGUCACCACCCGGUCCGCAGACGGGACACCCGGGAGGGAAUUCGGCCUCGGCAAAGACUUCAAACGGUGUUUCGGUGCCACCGGUGGUACCGAAGAAGCCACAACAAUCCUCGGCCGCGGAUGGACCACAGUCGAAUGGCCACCGGCGUCCGGCAUCCAGUAUGGCCAAAACGCAGACGGUUCCUUCGGUUGGAGCUAUGAUGGGCUCGAUGCACCAUCAACCGUCGGCCCACCACCGAAUGCAGUACCAAGCUGGUGGAGGUGGCCGGGUUUCGCAGGAGCAUCACCGCUUGUCACUGCCGAUGCAGCAAACCGUACACUCCGCACAGUCUGCGUUGAUGAUCGCGGCGGUACAGCCACAGUUUGUGGCCGGUCGCCAAUCGGAUACACGCAUUUCCGUACGCAAACGUACCCACAACUCGCAACAGAUACCGGUGUCUGAGUAUCUGCUGAAAGCGAACGGCACAACGCCACCGCCACCGUUGAAACCGCGCAUGCCGGUGCAACCGUUGGCCGAGUGCAACGGACAGCAGGCAACGUUGCAGCAGAUGCAGCAACAGUUCCUGCAGCAUCAGCACCAGCAUCAUCAUCACCAUCAACAGCAGCAGCAGCAGCCGCAGCAACAUCAGCAGCAGUAUCAUCAGCAUCAGCAGCUCAUCUCGAUGGGAAGCAAAAGCUGCACGAGCAAGGACUACCACAUCUACCACGUCAGUCCUUCCAGCGGUGAUGCCGUAGACACAGUUGAGAGGCGCACCACCGCCUCGCUGUACUCGCUCAACUGUCGCCAAGGUGGUGGCGAGGUCAACAGUGACGGCGACGGUAGCCACGGAGGCUCAUCGGUCGCAUCGUCGUCCUCCCAAUCCAGCCAAUCGCUGCCACGCCACUGGCUGGAGGUGGUCAGUCCAAAGCUUCCGUUUCCUUUUCGAAAAAGGACUCUGGCGCUGACGAGCAACUCGAAGGCUUCGUAUCUGCCGAGGCAGCCGCGCGACAAGCUGCACUCGUCCGAUCCGGACCACGGGAGCUACAAGUUGACGCUGACCUCGAACGAGGACUGCAUCAACCACACGACGGGACCCAACGGUGGGGCGACGAGCGGUGGCGUCGGCGGAACGACCGGAACCACCGACUGCUUCCCGGAGGAAAUUAUCGCCUCACCGAAGUGCAACCUGCCGGACGUGCUUCCGCCCGGCGUCAAGUACUCGCUCUACUCAACCAACAACAACAACAACAACAACAACAGUAGCAACAUCAUCAACAACAACAACAGUCUCAACAACCAUCACAAUGGAAAGCCGGCCACGAAGCAUGGCGGGCUUUCCUCCCACUCGGCGCCGAUCAUCGCCACGGCCAACAGUCUGAAGUCGCUGUUCAACUUUGGCACACCGUCACCGGUCGGUGACCCGCCCAAGGACCCGUCACCGACGAUGGCGACCACCCCGCAGACACCGUCCCCACCGGCGGCCCUGUUCAACGGUACCAGCAACAGUCCGCCGCUCCACGCCCAGAUCCAGGCCACCUCGCCGAAGUACACCUCCCAGUCGUCGUUCGAUCUGAAAAAGACGCAGAUCCUCGAAACAUCGGCGGUCAUCGGCGGUGGCGACGGCGGCGAGACAGAAUACAGCGGCUACGGCCACCAGCUGUGCAACGGUACGGGCGGCAUCCUGGGACUUCCGGUCACACCGAACACCGGUGCAACCGCGACGCUCACGGCGAUCGCACCGAUCAACCAUCAGCACACGUCGUCGGUGGUGAUCGACAGUCCCACGCCCCACGCCCAACAGGUGCCACCACCCUUGCCCUCCACCCCGAUCCCCUCGCUCAGUGGCGCCAACUCGUACGGCCCGUGGCCGCUGCCAGCACCCCAAACCCAAACUGUACAUAAUUGCCUGGAAAAUGCCGAAAAAUCGACCAAUUUCGAGCACCAGCCCGGCGGACGGUUGGACGCUGAGGGUGAUGGAGAGCAGGAGGGGAGUACCGUUGGGAGCGCGUGUGCCGCUGCCACGGAGAGCGCUGGCGGCGGCAGUGCUGUUCCGACCGUCGGAGCGUCCACACACGAUGCGCUGGCCGCUAACGAAACGGAAACUAACGCAGCAGCAGCAGCCGUGGCCAAAGAGGAGGAUCGAGGAGAAAGUCGCGGUGUCGUCGCUGGCGGUGGUGGUGGCAGUGAUAGUGUCGGUACGGUACGUGGCCUAACUUCUGGCGAAGGCGAUUCCGCCGAAGCGAGUGAACUGAGCUCGGCCUCGUUGACGGUUGGUGAAACGGGCGGUGGUGGCCGCGGACUGUUGCAGCGGACGGAGAUUGUGUUGCGUGUGCAGGCGCCGACUUCCGAGGCGGCCUCCCAGACCGAGAACCCGCAGGACGUGGACGAGCUGCUCGGUGUGGCGGUCAGUGAGCUUACGAUCGAUACGAUCGCCGGCAGUCGAAAGAAGUUCGCCGGCGGCAGCAGCAGCAGUGAUCGGGAAGCACCGAGUGAGGUGCACGCGGCCAGUCCACCCGGAACGCCCGGUAAGGAGUCGGGAGGCCGGUUCUUUGGCAGCAACAACGGUGUUGCCGUGUGCGCCACCCCGUCAACGCCGCGCAAGCUGCACCCGGAGGAGAUCGACUGCGACAAGCUGUCGCACGAUCUCGUCAGCCAACUGUCCCCGUCCGAUAAGCUGCACACCAUACUGGCACCGAAAACAUUCAAAUCUUCGUCGGACUACGUGUCCGCCCUGUUCAACAUCCAGGUUGCGCCGCGGCCACUCAAGAAGGAUGCAUCGACCGCAACGCCAGCGGAAGGUGGCGGUCCACAGAAAAGCCCGCUCGAUAUUCUGACGUCCAGCUCGACCUACUUUCAAAUUUCCGAACCGAAGGCCAAGCUGAUGACGCGCUACAGCCGCGAGAUGACCCUGAUCAACGGUGAUUGCUGUGAUUUGACCAAGAAGAAGGAGGAACUUGUCCAACGCCUUGGCAAGAAGCUACUAGUCCUGACGAACGAGCAGACGAGCAUCGCGGAGGAGAGCAGCGCGAACGAUCUGCUCGGCAACGAUGUCGCGCUCAAGGUGACGCAGAAGGUGCGCCCGGCCGACGCCUCCAAGUUCCGCUCGUACGUCGACGAUGUUGGCUACAUUACGAUGCUGCUCCUGUCCCUUUCCGGCCGGCUCGCGCGCACCGACAACGCCCUGCACAACAUCGAAGCUACCCACCCGGACAAGAAGAUCCUGGAAGCGAAACGGGACCGGCUGCUCGAGCAGCUCGCCGAGGCGAAGGAACUGAAGGACGACAUCGACCGGCGGGGCGCGAUCAUCGCCCGCAUCCUCGAGCAGGCGCUCACGAUCGAGGAGUACGCCGACUACGACUACUUCAUCAACAUGAAGGCGAAGCUGAUCGUGGAUUCGCGCGAGAUCACCGACAAGAUCAAGCUGGGCGAGGAGCAGCUGGCCGCCCUGAAGGACACGCUGGUGCAGAGUGAAUGCUAGGGAUCGGUCUUAGGGUUAGACACGUGUUAGAAGCUAGAAUUGCGAUUUACUCUAGAAUAGUAUCUCCACUCUUGGUAGCAUUUUAAGAACCGGAUCGUGCAAGAAACUCACCAAGCCCGGGUGAGCCGGGAGGGAGGCCAGCAGGCCAGCAGGCCCGUUGUGUUCCAGCGCCUGUUCCACAUUUUUUGGCUGUUUUUUUGUGUGUAGUUUAAGUGGUAAAAAGAAGAAGGGAGCAACGCUAGCGCGCGUGGUUCGGGAAAAAUUUGUUCCGCUGCGUUCUGGAACACAACACCGGAAAGGCGAUCGCAUCAAGUGUGAUCGCUCGGGAAGACAUCGCUGGCCGCCUGCUUCACCUCACUCGAUGGAGGGAGGACGGACGGGAAGCUUGCCGACGAUUCGUGCAACUGCGGAACUGCAUUUUUUGUGUACAGAUCUGAGAUAAAUAUGUGCGUUUGUGUUUGCCGUUCCUUUCCUUUUGUAUCCCUCACCAUUAUUACUUCGCCGUGCUGUAAAUUGGAGAGCGGCCACCACAGCAACUCACCGGUUGAAGUGGUACGCGUUCGGCCUAAACCUCACAAUCCCCAACAAGCCUCUUGCAUUUCAACGGUAUAUAGGUUGAAAUUCAAAGAGUUUUGCACCGCUUUUGUCCCAAACACCCCCCUUGAUCACGCUUUUUGCACGCGCGCAAGGCUUUCGAAACGCUUCACUCUAACCUGCAGCACGUUGCGGCCACGGGUGAGUGUGCAGCCCCCGGCAGACGCAUUUUUAGGUGCACACGGUGCUGCUUCUAGCAAGUUAUUACUCGUAAACUCUAGCAAACGUCCGCGACAGGCAGGCCAUUAGGGAACCGCAGUUGAUUAGGGGGCUCACCAGUAAGGGAGCUGAGACCGUAGAGAACGAUCAGAUCCAAAUUUC